GGCAUACGGCAUUUACUUCUAUUAAUUCGCAGUAUAUUUAAGCACAUUAAACAGCAUUUAUUCCUUCUAAAAUGUCAAGAAAUGCGGGGCGAACCAGCAGCAAAAAAGUCAAAACGGAAGUGCCAAGGAAGGUCACUAAAUCACCAGCAACAAGUGUACCGGCCCCCACAAGGGAAUCGAAGGAGCGAAGGUCACUGGCCAAACAACCGGACAGCUUGGAAGGUGAAAAAAUUGCGAGGAAAACCACAACAGCAGCGCAAGCUACGACCGGCAGCAAAAAGCCAUUAGCCACGGGGAAAAACAAGGAAAGGGAGUCCUUGAGCAAGAGAACCACUCCGUCCCCAGGUGCAUUGCGUGCCACCACCAGACACACAGCCACGACCACAAACCCACCCCUGCAGUCCAAGACCACCAAGACCGCGAAGCCAGUGGCCAAAUCGAAGCCCAAUGCAGUUCUGGACACGUAUCACAGUGUUACGGUUGCCUCCCCACCGCAAAAGCGCAGAGAACAUGCGGAGCAGGAGAAAGAAUCGCCCACGCCUUCAUCAAAAGAAUAUUCCCCUGUUGCACAGGCUAAAAAGGAGCACAAGCCCCCGUCUCCUUCCAAGGGAGAUGCUCGUGUUGUUCCGGCGAGAGCCAGAACUUAUACCCGCACCUUGGAUCCCGAGGAAGUGGUUAUCCUUAAGCGUGAAUCCGCCAAGCAUAGAAGCGAAGUGGAGGCCAAGCAAUCAGAGCCUGUGAAACAGCCAGUGGCCUUUGAAGUCAAGUUCGAUGAAGCCAAAAAGACAGAACCAGAGUCCGAUCACUACUCCGAUGACUUUGAGUCCUAUGAAUCGGAUUUCGAAACCGAUGCCAGCACGCCCGAGGAGGAGGAGUCCGAUGAAGCGCAGGAAUCCUCAUCGUCCGAGGCGGAAGUGGAGGAGGAGCGGGAGGAAGAGGAUUCGGAGCCCACCCAAAAUCCCAUCACGGUGAUCCAACGCGACAAGGAUCAGGAGCGGAAAUUGGACUCCGGUCAUUAUGACAUGCAUUUGCGCAGAAAUCCCUUGAGCAGUCUGUCCACUCAGAAUCAGUAUGAUAGCUUCGAUACCAAUUCGAUGGCCAACUCAGAGCAGCUGGACUCCGGCAUUAGCACAACUGGCUUGGAGAAGCCCCGGAGUGGAGAGGCUAACGUGUACUACGGUGGCUACUCGGGAUUCGUCUCCCAUCCCGUGAUCAGUCGUCGCGGCGAAGAGCUGAUGGCCAAAUUGCGUUUCGACCAACUGAACUACCACCUGUUCGAGAUGAAGCCGCUCAGCUACGAGGGAUUCAUGCAGAGCUAUGGAAAGCUGAAUGCCAGUCAAGUGGCCACGCAGACGCAGUCGCCCCAAAUGGACGGCGAGUGCCAGACGCUGGAGGUGCACAGUCGGAGCAGUUGGACCCAGCAUCCACCGCACUAUGGUGGGCAAUGCGUCCUCAGCUGCAGUGUCGAUGCAGAGCUGGAUGAAACAUGGAGCAAGCAACCUGCAGAUGAAUACGAAGCUAGCCUUUCUCGAUUGGAGCAACUGCAUCGCGUGGAGCAGUCGCGCUCCCAGCAACUGCAGCAAAAGAGAUUGGCCAAGAGCACGGAUCUGGAGCGACUGAAUUCGUUUCUUCACAAGGCUGGCAGACUCAUGGGACUGGUUUUGGAGGGCAAUAAAAACCACGGCCAGGGGAAUAGUUCUCGAAAUGUACCACUUCAGACUGGACUGCUGAACGCUCUGCCCGUGCGCCGAAUUUUUGGGAGUGCCGGAAAUGGACACCUGGUAGUCACCGUGCAUGAGUGUCCUCCGGACAGCAAUGUCUAUAAGGAGGACUUUGCCAGCCUGCUGAUGGUGUGGUCACUGGCCAAUCCCGGCCAGCCGUUGCGCCUGCUCUCCACCUGGGCGGAAGUCAGUCGUGUGGCACUCUCUGGACAGGCCCAGGAUAUCGUAGUGGCCGGACUGAGAGAUGGCAGUGUGGCUAUGUGGGAUCUGCGCGAGACGCACAGCUACUGUUCCAAGUUGGAUGGCCAUCUAACCCAUUUCGCAGCCACACAAUCGGUGGUUCCCAUGCCGGAGCAACAGGACAAGGAGGUAAAUGCCAUGGAUCUGGGCGCCGUGGUGGAUGUGCGCAGCUUUAGAUCACACUUGACUAACGGAGGAAUAGCUGCAACUAGUGGAUUGCAGACGACGUACAAGGAAGUUCAGUACGCCUCGCUGAAUGACUCCGGCCUGCUGACCAUGUGGACCCUGGUGGAGGGCGCCUCGUCCAGCAACAGCAACGAGUUCAGUUCGCCAUGGGCACGGGUGAAGCUCCUGCAGAGUGGCAGCUGUGAUCUGAGGAGCUAUCUGGAGCGACGCCUCCUGAAGAGCCAUCAGAGUGCGUACGAGAAGACCAAGUCCCUGUUCCAGGGCAACAUCUACAGCGAUGAUGUGCUGCGCGAGCUGAAUGAGACGCAAACGCUGACCACGGCGCUUCAGGGACAGGGAUUGCAGGGCCUGCGCUUCACCAGCAUCGAUACGGGCAGUGAGCUCAUCUACGUGUGCACCAAUCGGAACUUUGUGCUCUGCUGCACCCGUAGUUUAAAGACGGAGCGCUUCUCGAGGAUCGCUGUGAACGAAAGUCGUUUCCUGUUCCCCACCUCGUUGUGUGUGCUCUCCAACGAGAACUAUGUGGCCGUGGGUCUGUCCAAUGGAUCUGUGAUGAUACUCAACUGCAAUCAGCGGCAGCGGCAGCGCCAGAGGAAUCAGCAGAGGCCCAAGACCGGACUGCCGCCGGCCACGGAUGAGCCCGAUCCCGAGACGGGCAAAUCGUGUGCCAUUCAAAACAUCAUACUGAACGAGCGAAGAUCAUUUGACCAGCAGAUGGAUCACAAUCCAUCGUACGAUGCCCGACCCAACACAGCUCUGGAGCUGAUUGAGCGACCCAGACGUUCCUACGAAAUGAGGGUCUUUGACCAGCAGCUGCUCCUAAGCGGCAGCGGUCUGCGCCAGCAUCUCGUCCAGGCCCUGAUCCUCUCCAGCGACGGCUGGCAGCUUUCUGCCCUCACCAAUGGCACUGUGCGUCACUACGACUUCUAUCGCGACAGGGAGUUACCCGUAAAGGAGCCAAUGGACACUCGCCUCAAGGUGACGGACAUUGCCGGUGCUCGCAGUUCUGGACAGGAACAGGUUCUGCUCAUCCUGGACUCGGCUGGAAGGGUGCAGUCGCGCACUCUGGACUACUAGCUUGUUAAAUAUUUUCUAAUUAUUUGUAUGCGUUUGUUGAAAACUUUUCUAAAAUGAAAUAAACUCGAACUAGUCCUACUCA